UGUGUGCGUGCGUGUGUUUUACAGGCUGUACGGGCUGUGGUAGAGACAUUAAGAAUGGUCAGGCUCUCUUAGCUCUGGAGAGACAGUGGCACCUGGGCUGCUUUAAGUGUAAGGCCUGUCAAAAAGUCCUCACUGGGGAGUACAUCAGCAAGGAUGGCGCACCCUAUUGUGAGAAGGACUACCAGAUCUACUUUGGGGUCCAGUGCGAGGCAUGCCAGCAGUUUAUCACAGGCAAAGUGCUAGAGGCAGGGGACAAACACUACCAUCCCAGCUGUGCACGAUGCAGCAGGUGUAACCAGAUGUUCACAGAAGGAGAAGAGAUGUACCUGCAAGGAUCAACCGUGUGGCACCCUGGGUGUAAGAACACAAACAGAACAGAGGAGCAACAGAGGGAACAGCCUUCAAGGUCGUCAUCCGAGAGUAUCUGUUCCAGACCUGGUUCAAGCAUACAUGGCUCACCAGGUCAUACCAUAUAUGCAAAAGUAGACAAUGAGAUCCUUGAAUACAGGGACCUAGCCGCCAUUCCCAAAGUCAAAGCCAUUUAUGAUAUAGACCGCCCUGAUCUGAUUACCUAUGAGCCUUUGUACACCUUGUCCCUUGAUGAGAGGGAGGAGAGGAGGGAGAGUGUGGGAGAGCUCCAUACUGCGAGAAGGGAGCGUUCCCCCAUGCCAGAUGACAAGAGCUGCUAUGACAUAAGGGAACGCAUCCUUCAGAGGUCUACCAGUCAGGGCUCCAUCGGCUCACCUAUCUACAAUCGUCAUAGUUACACCCCGUUGUCACGCUCACCACAGCAUUUUCACAGACCAGAAGCUUUGACAGGCAUGCAGAAGCUCUGCUCCGCCCUGUGCAGUAACAGUGUGGGCUCCUCCAGCCAUAGUGACUCCCGUCCCACCUCACCUUUCAGACACCACUUCUUUCCCCAUAGCCAAGGCACUGAUCCACAUAGCGGGCGGAGCUCCCCUAUAUCCCAAAGGCCAGACAGCCGGCCUGUCACUCCGCCUCUCUCUCUGACCCCUAAACAUUUCCACCUCCCAGAUCAGGGGAUCAACAUUUACAGGAAACCACCCAUCUACAAACAACACGGAUCAGAAGGAGGAAGGAGACGGUCUAGGGAAGAGGAGGAAGAGGAGGCCCUGAAGAGAAAGCAGCUCCAGGAGGAGCAUAUCAACAAGAUCCAGUCUGGUUUGGGGAAGCUGAUAAUGAAGGAGGAGAAUGAGAAGGAGCAGAUCAGGGAACGCAGUCAAUCAGCUCAGCGCUAUGACCCCCAGCAGACAAACUGUGAUGGAGAUGAUUCCAAAACCUCAUCGCUGCCUGGUUAUGGACGGAAUGGAUUACAUCGGCCUCAGUCCACAGAUUUCACUCCGUACAACAGCCAUGGCAACAUGUGUGGGGGAGGAAGAGAGUUUCAGCACAUAAGGGAUGGCAGUGCUGCAGUAACAAGAAUGGACAGGGGAGUAUCUAUGCCUAAUAUGUUGGAAACAAAAGUUGUACCAUAUGAAAUGCUCAUGAUAACCAGUAGAGGGCGAGCUAAACUGCCCAGGGAGGUGGACAGAACAAGACUGGAGCGCCACUUAGCCCCAGAAACGUUCUUUGACAUCUUUGGGAUGGAGAUCCAGGAGUUUGACAGGCUUCCACUCUGGAAACGCAACAGCUUGAAAAAGAAGGCCAAUCUCUUCUAGAAGUCAGAGCAGAAUGCACUCAUCCCAUCCUUUCAGAUAGCACUCUACUCUAACACUGUAACAUAGAUGUAAGAUUUGUUUCGAUUUUUGUCAACCUUUUUUUCUGACAUGUUCAAGAAGGCAAUGGACUCUCUUUUUUCACGAUGCCUCCUCUACAGACUGAAUACAUGAUUUAAUUACUAAUAGAUACAUUUGGAAGGCUACAAGGAAAGAAAAUAAAACAAUUUCUUCCAUGUUCAAAAAUGAGAAAGAAUUAAGUCAUGUUCUUUUUGACUGCUGCGCUUGUUUUAAUUUCUGGCUUUGCUUUGAAUGGAACUGCUUUCCUUGACCUGCUUGUUUCCUCAUAUUUGUUGCUGUUGAUUCCUGUGGAACAUUGUUAGUAGAAUUUCAUGGCACCAUAUGAAACAUGAUGUUCACAUGCAAAAAUGGAAUGUCUGUCAGCUUCACAUGUCAAUGGUCAGCUUGCCUUCAUUUGGGCUAUCAAGGCAAAUCAAAUGUCUGUCUUCAUCAUGGGAAAUAUUGGGUCUUGCCAUUUCUUUAUGGCUCUAGUACAUACCAGCUAGCCUAAGCACCUAARUAUGUUACUCUCACUGGCAUCAGAGUCUGGAAAAGCUGCUAUUCAAAACAAUAUAAUGUGGUUUACGUAUAGAUCCGGGUCAUAUUCUUUAGGGCAUGAAACGGAAAACAUUUUAAACCGCUUUUCAACAGAAAAUGGAAAUGAGCCUUCCUUAUUGGACGAGUCCAAGUAGUCCCUCCCUGUUUCAGUCUGUUUUCUUUGGUUUGAUGCCAAAUGAGUACGACUCAGUUUCGCCUCUCAGGCUCCCAUUGGAGUAGCAAUUCCUAUUUUACUAACAAACACAUUAAAUGUAAAAAAAUAUAUUUAAAAAAUUACUAUUUGAAAUGACUGUUUUAUAAAUGAAACCCACACUGCCAUUUGUUGUAUUGAAAUAUAAGCAAAAAAUAAAGCUUUAAAUCACUGUGUAUGUUAAUCCUCGGCUACUCCAAAGGUAUUGCCUGUAUUAGUUUACCUGUUCUCCUCUCAGCUAUUAAACUAUAAUAAACACUGUGGUUCAUAUAUGUUGUUCAAGGAACUGCAGUGUGUAAUGUAAUAUGAGGACUCCUGUCAAGAUUUAUGGAACAAAUCAGACAGUGUGUUCCGUUGACUUCCUGGACUUCAGCCAAUAAAGAGGCAGACACCCAUG